CAGAUUUAUCGCGCCGCGAGAGAAACAGUCGACAGCAACAGCAAAGCAACAGCAACAGUUCUUCGCGCUGCAGUUUUAUUCGCAAUGAUUCGGUCCAUCGGUCUUCGUUCGGCUGCUGCUCUCACCCGCUCAGUCAAGCCUGCUGUCGAGCAGCGGCGUUUCGCGGCUACUUUUGUCGACAACAUCAAGGAAGCCCUCAAGGACGACGAGGGCCCUCUCUACCCCCAGAACCUGAAAGAGCUGCCCCGGACUGAUCCCGGCGCAGAGCUCCACAGACCCAUCGUCAACCCCGCGGCAGACUACGCCGAGACGGUCGAGAACCUCCACGAGUACGGAAAAUACAUCAUGGCCGCCAUGCCGAAAUAUAUACAGAAAUUCUCAGUUUGGAAAGAUGAACUCACCCUCAUGAUCGCUCCCACCGCCGUCAUCCCCGUCAUCACUUUCUUGAAGGAUCACACCGCGGCCCAGUUCAAGGCCGUCAUGGACAUCACGGCCGCAGACUACCCGACCCGCUCCCACAGAUUCGACGUCGUUUACAACCUUCUCUCGACCCGCUACAGCUCGCGUAUCCGCGUCAAGACCUAUGCUUCCGAGACCACUCCCGUGCCCAGUAUCGCAAACUUGUACCAGGGUGCGAACUGGUACGAACGCGAGACCUACGAUAUGUUUGGAGUGUUCUUUGUCGGCCAUCCUGAUCUGCGACGAAUAAUGACUGAUUACGGAUUCGAGGGCCAUCCUCUACGAAAGGACUUCCCUCUUACCGGUUACACUGAGAUCCGAUACGACGAGGAGAAGAAGCGUAUUGUCUACGAGCCUCUGGAGAUGACCCAAGCCUUCCGCAACUUCUCGGUCGGUUCCACCGUUUGGGAGCCUGUUGGACCUGGCAAGGACGAGCGACCCAAGAACUUCGUUCUUCCUGAGCCUGAGCCGGAGGAGGCGCCUGAGGAGAAGAAGUAAGGGGUGUGAAAGAGUCGACAUUGGUAUUUCUACCAUUGCCAGAACGGGGAGCGAUAGAGCGUUUGUUUGUAUUCUCAUUGCGCAUUCUAAUUGAUCAUUUGAACUAUUGUGUUGUUAGACGUAGG